AUGAUCGUCUACGAAAAAUGUGCAGCGCUUCCAGAAGUGUCAGUAAGCACCGGGCAUGUCACACUGGCUACGAACGGCUCCGUUACCAUAGCUACGUACACAUGUCCGACAGGAUACAAGGUGAAAGGCUCGAGUGUGUUGACGUGUGGGUCAGAUGGAACAUGGAAUCAACCUUCCGGGUCCGACUGUGUUUGUGACGACCCCUCGCUCCCAGUGGGUGGGAAUUACACGAUCUCUGACGACGGUCUUUCGGUGACAUUCCGAUGCAGUGCCGGUUACACGAUGGUUGGUACUCAGACUGUGAACUGUGCCCGGAACGGAACGGGUUAUUUGUCCACGCCACCUACAUGCACAAAGUGUGAAAACCUCCCACCACCUACAUCAGGUAACGUGCGCGUAGUCACCGACGGAACGCAAACGUCUGCCGUGUAUUCCUGUGACGUAGGAGCAACAUUAGUAGGGGAGGCAACUCCUACUUGUCUUGGAAACGGAACCUGGACAAAUACAAAACCCUCAUGCGUUUCCUGUGCCAUCUUGCCUCCCGUGUCGAUAUCCACGGGAAAUGUUACGCUGUUGUCGAACGGGACAUCCACUAUCGCCACAUACUACUGCCCUCGGAAUUACGUCGUCAAGGGCAAAACAGCCUUGACAUGCGGUCCCGAUGGAAAAUGGGACUCGGUUGAACCGUCUGACUGCGAAAAGUGUGUCGAUUUAGCAAACCCAUCCAAUGGAAGUAUUAUGUUGUCAACAAACGGUACCAUGACAACGGCCCAGUACCUGUGUGGCGUAGGCUCCACCCUGUCAGGUGGUGAAACGCCUUCUUGUCAGCUGGAUGGAACCUGGUUAACUACCACGCAGCCGGUUUGUGUAUGUUCGGAUCCACCACUUCCUGUCGGUGGCAACUACACAGUCUCCGAGGACGGAAUGUCUGUAUCGUUUGCUUGUAGUCCUGGUUACACAAUGGUGGGGCCGCAAAGUAUAGGCUGUGACAAGAAUGGAACAGGAUACUUGUCUAGUUAUCCAUCAUGCAUUAAAUGUAACGAUCUGGCAUCACCAACCUCUGGGCAUGUCAAUAUUGUCACCGAUGGAAGGCAAACAUCGGCCGUGUAUUCAUGUAACGUAGGAGCCACAUUGGUAGGAGAAGCAACUCCUAGUUGUCUUGGAAACGGAACAUGGACGAAUGCCCAGCCUACCUGCGUUUCAUGUCCUGUCCUUAAAAAUAUAACUGUACCGAGUGGAGGCAUAACACUUAAAACUGAUGGCAAAACUACCAUAGCAACAUACACUUGCCCUGAUAAUUACGUUGUAAGCGGUGAGGCGACUUUGACCUGCCAACCUAAUGGCACUUGGAACGCCGAGGAAUCCGAAUGUGUCUCCUGUGAAUCCUUGCCACGAGUAUCAAUAAGCACCGGAAACGUUACCAUAGUGUCCAACGGGACAUCCACCUCUGCAACAUACCACUGCCCACCAAAUUACGUAGUCAAGGGCAAGACGACCUUGACAUGUGGCCCCGACGGAAAAUGGGACGCCAGUGAACCGUCUGACUGCGUUUGCAAACCUCCAAAUAGUGUGGUUGGUAGAGAUAUUGAUCUCGCUGACGACGGAUUGUCGGCUAAUUUUUCAUGCGGGGCUGGAUACACCAUGGUUGGAACAUCGACAAUUGCGUGUGACAAAAAUGGCAACGGCUGGACACUAGCAUUUCCAAGCUGCACUGCGUGUGGUGCUCUACCAAAUCCUAAAAAUGGAAGUAUUGCGUUGUCAACAAACGGUACCAUGACAACGGCCCAGUACCUGUGCGGCGUAGGCUCCACCCUGUCAGGUGGUGAGACACCUUCUUGUCUGUCGGAUGGAACCUGGUUAACUACCACGCAGCCGGUUUGUGAAAAGUGUGUGGAUCUUGCCCGAGUAUCCGUAACUACAGGAAACUUCACACUGAGUACAAACGGGUCCGUAACCAUAGCAACGUACAACUGUCCAUCAGGAUACAAAGUGAAAGGUUCGAGUGUGUUGACGUGUGGGGCUGGCGGAACAUGGGAUCAACCGACUGGUUCUGACUGUGUUUGCGAGGACCCACCGCGUCCGGUAGGGCGAAAUUAUACCAUCUCUGACGAUGGGCUCUCCGUGACAUUCGCCUGCAGUGUUGGAUAUUCGAUGGUUGGUCGCCCAACAGUCACAUGUUCAACAACUGGAGCUGGAUAUUUGACGAGCUAUCCGAACUGCACAAAAUGUGAAGACCUUGCGCCACCAACAACCGGUAACGUGCAUAUAAUCACCGACGGAACGCAAACCUCCGCCGUGUAUACGUGUGACGUAGGAGCCACAUUGGUAGGAGAGGCAACUCCUAGUUGUCUCGGUAACGGAACUUGGACGAAUGCACGGCCUACUUGCGUUUCAUGUCCUGCGCUUAAAAACAUAUCAAUAUCAAAUGGGAGCCUUACACUUACCACUAAUGGAAGGACUACCAUAGCAACAUACACGUGUUCGGACAAUUACGUUGUUAAUGGAGAUACGAAAUUGACCUGCCAACCAGACGGCACGUGGAGCGCCAAGGAAUCCAGAUGUGUUUCCUGUGAGGACCUGCCUCCAGUGUCCAUUAGUACAGGAAAUGUUACCAUCGAGUCCAAUGGUACAUCCACUAUCGCCAAAUACUUCUGUCCUCCUAACUACACUGUUAAGGGCAAGGACACAUUGACUUGUGGCCCUGAUGGCAAAUGGAACGCCCCAGAACCGUCCGAUUGUGUGUGUGACACACCGUCAGUGCCAACUGGUGGCUCAUUCGUAGUUGCUGACAAUGGACUGGCGGUAACAUUUGCAUGUGACACAGGCUACACGAUGGUAGGAACACCUGAAAUUACAUGCGAUAUCGGGGGAACCGGUUGGACCAAAUCGUUUCCUAACUGUACAAAAUGUGAGACCAUAGAAGGUCCGAAGAACGGAACCAUUUCACUUGUUACAAACGGAACGCACUCGUCCGCGCAGUAUAUAUGCCUGGUUGGGCACACUUUGUCUGGAGCUGAAACGCCUACUUGUCAACCGGAUGGAACUUGGUCCAAGUCAACACCCCCUGUGUGCAAAAAAUGUUUGGGGCUUCCCACCCUCUCUAUUAGCAACGGCAAUAUUUCAUACAGUACCAAUGGCUCCGUUACCGUGGCAACAUAUAAUUGCCCAAAUGGCUAUGCAGUAAAAGGAUCGACAGUCUUAACUUGUGGUCCUGAUGGAACAUGGGACCAGCCAAAUUCAGAUUGCGUCUGCACUAGCCCGCCUUUGCCAGAUGGCGGUUCAUAUACGGUGGCAUCGGAUGGAUUAUCAGUAACAUUCAAGUGUGAUACCGGAUACACAAUGGUCGGCCAACCAACCAUCGUAUGCGACACCAACGGUGCCGGAUACACGGCCAGCUUUCCUUCCUGUGCAAAAUGUGAAGAUUUAUUACCGCCUAAUUAUGGGAACAUUGACUACAAUACCGACGGAAAACAAACGAUUGCCACCUUUUCCUGCGACAUUGGCGGGACGUUGGUUGGUGUUGCUAGUCCCAAAUGUCUACCAAACGGCACAUGGACCUCGUCGCCGCCGACGUGCGUUACCUGUCCGGCACUUGAUGCGGUUAGUAUAAGCACUGGAAUGAUUAACGUGACAUCUGACGGAAGAACAACAACAGCAACGUACGUCUGUCCAGCACGAUACGUUGUCAAGGGAUCCCCGAUCAUAAAUUGCCUGGGUAACGGGUCGUGGAGCUAUAGCCAAUCUGACUGUGUCUGCGAGGCUCCGCAGGCGCUCGCAGGGAGGAAUUUUGAGUUGUCCGCGGACGGCCUCGGCGUUCAGUUCACGUGCGCUGCCGGAUAUACAAUGGUGGGCGUCUCUAGCGUUGCAUGUGACACGGACGGGCACGGCUGGGCCAUCACGCAUCCCAAUUGCACAAAAUGUGCCGAUCUAGAAAUCCCUAACUCAGGCAAUAUCAAGUAUACAACCAACGGUACCACCUCAUUCGUCGAAUACACCUGCGGCGUGGGUUACACAAUGCUUGGUCAAAACGGCAGAAGAUGUUUGGACGAUGGGUCUUGGUCUUCAACAGGAACGCCAACCUGUGUUUCUUGUUCGACGCUACCAAAUGUGACUAUAUCAAACGGCAACGUAAUGUUAACAACAAAUGGGUCAACGACCGUUGCGACGUACACGUGUCCUGUCGGUUACGUUGUGCAAGGGGAUGCAACGAUGACAUGCCGUAAUGACGGUAGAUGGAGCGCCAACCCCUCCGACUGCGUGUGCGCACUUCCUCUAUUACCUCCCCAUGGUGACGUUAACGUAUCAUCUGACGGUCUGACGGCAACGUUCUCUUGCGGUUCUGGCUUCACCAUGAAUGGGCGUCAGAGCGUCGAAUGUUUGAAAGAUGGCACAGGGUGGCGCUUUGAAAGUCCAAAUUGCACAAAGUGUGAAACGGUUUCAAAUCCAAGUUCUGGCCAUGUUGUCUUGGAAACCAAUGGCACAACAACGCAGGCAGUGUACAGCUGUGACCUUGGUUCCACGCUUGUUGGUGAUGCCAACAUUCGUUGUCUUGGAGGCGGAAGUUGGACCUCUUUGACCCCAAAAUGCGAGUCGUGUUCAGCUGUUCCAGUUGGUGCAAACAGAACUUAUUCUAAGACAACAAACGGUACUCACACAACAAUCAACUUCACGUGCGACUUGGGGACCACAAUGCUGGGUUCUCCAGUAUCCACGUGCUUGUCAGCAACUAAGUGGUCAAGCAGCAAUCCUCAAUGUGUGUCGUGUGAAUCCGUUACUAAUGGAAACGGAGCUGUAGUUUUAUCAACCGACGGCCUUAAGACGACUGCCAAGAUCUCGUGCACAAUUGGUUACCACCUUGACACUGGCGGCACAGACACUGUGGUUGAGUGUGGUACGGACGGGCAGUGGAAAUCUCUCUCAAAAUGCAUAUGCGAUGAUCCACCGUCGAUCAACAACGGCGCCGUUUCGGCAAACGGGCUGGUUGCUACGUACUCGUGUAAAGUCCAAUUUGCUCUAAAGGGCAUUCGCAAUCGAGCCUGUGGUAGCAACGGACAGGGCUGGGUCGGCUUUGAGCCAACUUGCAAUGCAUGCAAUGCCCUUAUGGCGCAUGUGAACGGGGAUACAAAGUUUUCCACAAAUGGCACUGUCACUAUCGCAAGCUUCACGUGCAAUAUUGGAUCAACAUUGAGCGGAAAUUCCACAGCAAUAUGUAUUGAAGAUGGGAUCUGGUCAAUCGGGGUACCAACAUGCGUAACCUGUCCGCCGCUGACUAAUUCAACCAAUGGUCAAUACAAAAUGUCGACCGACGGAACAGUAACCUCGGUGACGUUGGUCUGUAACGAAGGAUACCAAGCGAGCGGAGCGGCAUCGAUGAUGUGCAUGCCGGAUGGAAAAUGGAACUGGCAAUUGGAUCAGAUCAGCAAAUGCGAGCUUACCGAAAAAGACAAAUCGCAAUCUACUUCAUAUCUUGAGGCGUUGAUAGCAGUGGCCGUCGUGUCAAUUGCGAUAAUUGCUGUACUGUCGAUUAUACUAGCAUGGUUUGUGCGACGAUACAUGACGUCCAUGAGGAGUGAUAAAUCCAAAUACACUUUUGACGGUAGUCAUCGAAACGACGCGGUCAAGGAUUUUCCCGCCUUAGAACGCGCAACGACCUCGAUAGCGCCGGUUAAUCAUCAACAUCAUGUCCUUGAGAAAGGAGGCAUGCUUGCAACGUCUCCAGCACCCUCGGCGUUCAAAAAGCCGACGAAGCAAAACUUCUCGGAAACACCUCGAGAAGCCGAUAUUGAGACGCACCGGUCCGGAGACAGCAUCAUCAGCUUCCGGAGAACAAAGACAUCAAUGACGGAUAAAAGUGUCAACAGCAUAAACUCGGUGGAGAUAAUUGAGCCUCCACGGACGCCCAAUCCGAACAGACUGGUGCCGAUAGAUGAUAAGAAGUCCUUGGUAGGGAGGAUACCAAACAAGUCCCCAAAAUUGAACGGAAAGGUUCCAUACCUUGACCUCAACGGACAUCACACCCCUGUGCGGUCGAAUACGCCUGUCAAUCAUGGCAUGCGUGUGUCUGACUCGGACAGGAGCAGUCGUUCUGUUUCUACGGUGGACAAUUAAAAUGGACUCAAACUAAGGGUGUAUACGUGUCUGUUACGCAAAUAUUUCGUCUGCUUAUCCAAGGGUUAAUCUCGCGAAGUAUCUGUACGUGUAAAUAAAAUAAUGAUUUUUUAA